AUUUUAUUUAGAAAUGGGGUUUCUUGGGUACGGGCUCGCUUCCGUUGCGGUUUUAUGCCUUUUGACUGGGUUGCUGAGCAUAAAGAGUUCGCGCUGGAAGGCACACAAAUGUUGCACGAAAGUGCAUCGUCCUGCUGCAAUACCCGACCUUGCGCCAAGAUCCACAGAAUCGCACAGAAAGAAAGCUGCAUCGUUGCCUGUCGCCAUAUCCACUCUUGCACCAGGAUCCACAGAAUCGCACGGAGUGGAAGCCUCAUCGUCGCCUGUUGCCAUAUCCAAUCCUGCAUCAGGAUCCACAGAAUCGAUCGAAGUGGAAACCUCAUCGUCGCGUUUUGCCAUAUUGAAUGAUGCGCCAGGAUCCACAGAAUCGCCCGGACGGGAAGCCGCAUCACUGGCAGUUUGUGGUAAAAAAAUCGACAAGGCAACACUUUCCGAGCACGAAAAACAACAGAUUCUCAACUAUCACAAUUGGAUAAGAUCGAGGGUGGCGAAAAAGAGUGAGACAGGUGGAAAUCCCGGGCCUCAGCCAGGAUCGAAAUACUUGAAAGACCUGAUAUGGGACGAUGCAUUAGCUACCGCUGCUCAAGGCUGGGCCAAUCAGUGCCAGAUUAGCAUAGGCAGGGAGUUCGUUAACGAGGACACGAAAUUUGGACAAAACUUUUUCAUUAUCAGAAACGAUCUUUAUACCGAACUGGAAACUAUGUUGUAUUAUUGGUAUUCAGAAGUGCACAAUUUCAACAAUACCUUGGUCUCAUCUUACGAAGAUCCUUUGCCAACCGAAGAAUCGUAUAGCAACUAUACUCAAAUGGUAUGGGGUUCAACAACGCGUGUGGGGUGUGGUAUCGUUCGUUUUAUCACGGAUGAAAACCUUAAACAAACCUAUUUCGUAUGUAACUACGCUCCCCGUGGCAACAUAGUGGGCCAGCCAGUGUACAAGACACACUAA